ACGACAGGUGGUCGGCGACCCGACCCUGCCGUCCCGAACCGAACCUAUCGACUUCUCAUGCUCAUCAUCAGCCGCUUUCGUGCUCAAGCAAGACGAUGUGCAGUGCUUUGUGUUGAAGUGGUCGUGGUGACAUGGCGUCCGAUUUUUAGAAGUAGUGGAACGUGUUAAUAGCUCCAGAAUAUUGUUUAUUUACGAUGAAUGUGAAUUAUGAUCGUGUUUGUAGACUGUGCUUGUCAUCUCGAGGCGAAUUACUGCCGAUUUUUCCUACCACCAGUUCGGAUGACUCGGAACCUCCCAUCCUCGCUUCGAAAAUCAAAGAUUGCGUGGACGUACAAAUAACCGAAAAUGACGAGCUGCCAACCAAUGUCUGUAAGAAAUGUGUGGACAAUGUUCAUAACUGGCAUAUAUUUAAGUCAGUAUGUGAGAGGACACAAAAUAAACUACAGUCUCUCAUUAAAAAGGAUGGCAGCCAACUAGAAGAGGUGAAUAUAAAAAGUGAACCUUUAUCAGAUGAGGCAUAUGAUGAUGGAGUGGUUAUUGAUGGCGCCUAUCCUGAUUCAGAGAAUGCUGGUACUUCAAAUAAAGUGCAGCCCGAAGGCCCACCAAUCUUGGCUUCAUUGGGGCUCACACCGAGGAGUGAUAAGGGUAUGGACAGCGACAAAGAAGAAGAAGAUGAUGAUGAUGUUGACGAUGAUGAUGAAGAAAUGAAUGAGCCCGUGCAGUCCUUCGCCAAAGUACCCAACAUGCCGGAGGUCUCCAUCACGGUGAUGCGCCCAACAGGCGAGACCUUGCAAUCUCGUCAAGGCAUUCAACAACUUGCCUCUAAAGACUGCCUCGUCUGUGGCCGCUCCUACAGAUAUUCGCACAAUGCACGUCGACACGAACUCACCGCACACAGUUUUGACAGGUACACAAAUAAAGUUACUAACAAAAAAUCAUUCAUCAAUAUGCAACCGAAACUCAGGCCAAAUCCGUUUAAUCCCAAAGCUCGGCUGAUGCCUAACCCCGUCAACCACAAAAUGCAACAACUUAAUCCGAAGUCAAUUCCAACUAAAGCAGUGCAACCAAAAAUAAUAGCCCCACCGAAACCAAUACCCGUAAAACCUUCAAAAACACCACAGAAUAAUUUGCCGUAUCCCCUCCGCAUAAAAGCAUUGAAAGAUUUACAAAUUAGAAAGAAAGAACCCCAAAUUCUGAAGACUUUACUGACUACUAAACCUGAAGUUUUAGUGUCGGAGCCUGAAAUUUUGAAUUCGGCUCCGGGUAGUCCCGAAACUUUGAUAUCUGAACCUGAAAUUGCGUCUUUUCAAGUCGAAACUAUAUUGUCGGAACCUGAUGCAUACGACACUCAGGGCGACGAAGUGGACGGUGAAGUACAAAACAAUCAAAACCAACCAUAUGAUACUGUUGAUAUGGAAUCAGACAACGAAAUAGAAAUUGCACAGCAGAAAGUUGCCGAUGGCGAAGGCGAUGAAGUUGACGAAAACAAUACAGAAAAUGAUGCAGAUGAAAAUAUGCAACAUGAUGAAGAUAAUGUAGAGGAGAAUCAAACAGAGAAAUAUAUAAAUAAUGAUGAAGGUGACGACCAUGAGGAUGACAAUGGUGAAGCUAAACCAGAUGCUGACGAAAAAGACGGUGAGGAUGCAAAUGACAAUCGAGAACAUGAAGGUAAUGAAAAUGAAAACGAAGAUGAAGAGGAUGAAGAUAUUCCACCAAUAGGACUGGCCCCUGUCGUUGAGAUCAAUGAGGAUAUGCAGACAAAUUCUUACAACAGCGAAGCCAAUGAAGAAGAUGAAGAAGAACUCGACGAAACAGUCGAUCCUAAUGAAACAGUGGAUAGCGAAGCCAAUGUUAAAACGUUAGAUCCUGAUAAACAAUAUGUAACCAAGACUCAGAGAGACUUCAUACUCAAGUAUCGUGAUGUUAUAGAGCAGAUCAAUACAAAACGUUGUCUGUGCUGCGACAAGGAAUAUCCUCGAAGGAAAGCAGUUAUUCAGCACUUACAAAAGAAUGGCCAGAAAGUCCCUAAACACACCUGCUACAAUUGUGUCGUCACCUUCAGCCACAUUGGUGCAUUACUCAGUCACAUGAGAUCUAACACCUGCACGGACUUGUGGAAAAUUAUUUACAACGAAAAUGGUAUCACUGAUGAUUUGGUUUUAGAGGAAGAGCCAAAAGACUCAAAAGUUCAUUACAAAGAUAUUUUUAAUGCUAGGUCAUACGCUUGCAAACUGUGUCCAGCUAAAUUCCAAUUAAAGCAGUUUAUAAUGAAGCAUGUACUGGACGUUCAUGAAGAUGGUCAAUCCCAGGUUCCCCUUGUUUGUGUGCACUGCGGUUCUCGAUUCAAGGACAAAGUGUUGUGGAAGAAACACAUUAGAAAUGGUGAUUGUACAGUUUAUAUCGCUUGCGAUUUGUGUACUGAGAAAUUUAUAAAUAUGCAAGAUUUUAACGAUCAUGCUUUAGCUGUACACGCAGGGAGCUUUGACCAGGAUUCCCAAAGCAAAUGCGUUGAUGGUAGAAUGACCGAUUGCCCCUUGUGCGGAAAGAAAAACAGCAGUUACAUUAAUUUGGUUAGACAUUUGAAGGCUAUACAUAACGAGGAUAAGCCUCACUAUUGCAAGCAUUGCGACGCCAAAUUUGAGCAAACUGCCGAUUUAAACAAGCACAUCUACAUGGCACAUUCAGCCAUAGGUGUCCAAGGUGAUGAACCUGACAUGUCUAUUGUAAAGGAAGAAGUCGAAGAGUAUCACUAUUCUUGUACGGAAUGCAAUGCCAUAUUUGAAACUGUCGAUGCGUGGACUGACCAUCAGGUUGCUGAGCACAAUCAAAUCGCUCAUCACUGUGACCAAUGUGAAAAGAAAUUCUUGAGGCCAUCAGAAUUGGCUGAACACAAGAAUACUCAUUUACGAGUUAAGUUUUAUCCGUGCAGUGUUUGUAAUAAUUCUUACAGUACACCUCAAAAACUUUCCGAACACGUGCAACAAUCACAUCCUGGUGCCGGGCACGCAUCCUCCAUAGACCAGGAAUUUUAUUGCGAUAUAUGCAUUCGAUCAUUCAAAAGUCGUCAAGCAUUUUCUAAUCACAUGCGUAUACACGCAAAGGUUCCCACUACCAAUAGAAAACCGGGUGAACCCAAAACGGGUGGAUUCUCUCCGCAAAUUAUUGGUAAGCCUAUCAAACAGUUUAAUGUGGCUCAAACUUCAGGUAUAGUUUUCAAGCCAAGUCCUAAUGUUCCUAAUGCUCCUUAUUCUUGUGAUAUUUGUGGUAAAGGAUUUAUGCAUAAGAAAAAUAUAUGGAAGCAUAAGAAAGUAUUGCAUGCAGAUCUACUUAAUGACCGAAAUGAUAGUGAGGAGAACACUAUGCAUGCGUCCACCGAAGAAGAUGAAUAUAAUAUUGAUGAAAACGGUGCUACUUUGUCGACACCGCAGUUUAACAGUUUCAACUUUGCUAACUUUACAAAUAAUGUACAACAACAACUCACUCAAGGUGAGGUAUACACUUGUGAUAUUUGUUAUCAGCGAUUCUCGUUUAGGGAUAGUUUGAGGAAACACAAACGCGCUAAACACGGAUUUAAAAACCCUACUCCGGGAGGAAGUUCAGACACACAAAGCCUACCUUCAGCCGGGGACGGCGGCAGGUCUAAUUGCACUAUCUGCAAGAUUACUUUCGCGGAUAAAAAGUCGUAUUAUCGUCAUAGAAAGAACGUCCACAAGUCCACAACACAAAUGUGUAAAAUAUGCGGUAAACCUCUGAACUCUACGUUGGAGCUUUACGAGCACUUGAAAGCUGCUCAUGCUCGCGAAUUGUUAGGUUAUAAUGCCAAUCAGGGUUCUAGCAAGUCGCAAGACAAUACGCCUGAAAUGGAGGAAUAUGAAGCUGAGGAGGCAGUAGACCCUAGUGUAGACUACCAAGCGCGAUAUCCAUGUGACACAUGUGGCAAACAGUUCGUCGGCUUACUUGCAUUGCAAAAUCAUCAAUGUAUUAAUCAAAUAACACCACAACAACAAACCUUCGACUGUGAAAUUUGUCAUAAAAGUUACACGUCUAUCGCUGCACUGAAAAGCCACCGUGGUUGGCAUCUGCGUUCCCCUGAUGGUAAAGCAGCCGCUAACAAUACUGGCCUGUGGAUGCCGCAACAUAAGGUGACGAGUAAGGUGAGCAAACACGAAGUUGUUGAACACGCAGCUCUUAGUAAACCCACAGUCACUUCUACUCCUGUGAACGUGGCUAAGAGGAGGCUACCUCCAGAAGUAGAAGUUACGGUUGUCAAUCCAAAUAAAAAGUUACGAUCGGAUGAUUCCGUUGAAAUGGAGCAACAUAAUAGCAGUACUGGCGCUAUGGAAGAUAGAUACUGUAAUAUCUGCGACAAGGAAUUCACUAAACGAGCUGCGUAUCAGCGCCAUAUGGAUGAAGUGCACCAACCGAACUCUGUGUUCUGUCCAGUUUGCGACAAGAGUUUCACAAGGAAAUCGACUUUGUUAGUGCACAUGAAGAAGCACUACGAAAGUGGAGAAGGUACUUCUGCUUCUUUCUCUACCGGCAGCCAUAUGGAAGAAGAGGUUUACCCGUGUGAUUUGUGCGGAGCUCAGUACGAUAACGAGCAAGCUUUGCGCGCUCAUAGAAUCAGGCACCACGGAGGAGAUGAUUCUGACCACGAGUCGGAGGAUGACGGCAGCGUCAGCGUGGCGCCCCCUGGAGAGUUCACUUGUGCACAGUGUGGUGACGGCGUGGCCACACCUCGCGAUCUAAUCGCUCACCGCACAAUGCACGCUACGCCUACUAAAUAUUUCUGUAACAUUUGCAAAGUAUACUUCGCGAGAGCCUUGGACCUCUCCUCUCACACUCGAGCGAGACACUCCGAGACUGACAAAAGCGCAAUGUUCCCAUGUGCCAUGUGUGACCGCUUUUACAUGAAUAAGAAGAGUUUACAACGGCAUAUCGAGAUGGCCCACUGAUCCACAUUUUAAUUUUUACGUUAUUCUAUUUCUUGAGUUAGAAAUGAAGACAAAAGGCAAACAUAGGGACUACUAUCUCUAAUUAGUUAUAUUGGGUUUUUUUUUAUACAAAUUGAAUUGAAAUGACAUUUCAAAUGUUGUAAAUAGCUUUUUCUAACUUUUCUUAAUCUUGUGUUAUUAUUUUGUCAUUCCUUAUUUUAAUGAAUGAUGCUUAUGCGGUGGGGUGUUUACGAGAAGUAAUUCUUUUUACCUUUUUUGUUUUAGCUUUUAGGUUUCGUCAUUUAAAUCUUUGCUCACUUAUUGUGUUAUUUAUUAUCUAUAAUAUCAUGUCCAUUGUGAUUUUAAAUAUUAUUACAUUAUUCUAAAUUAAUGGAUAAAUUUAUAAUACAUUGGACAAUUUUAGACUCAUAGGUACUUAUAAUUUUGGGAGUAAUAACUUGUAAUAAACUUACUUAGACAAAAGUGAUUUAUGUAAUUCUCUAUUUUUGAAUAUUGGAAUCAUGGGCCAAAAUUUUAAGAUAGUCAAAGUCAGUCAUAACCAGUGUUAAGUAUUGUAUGUAUAAGUAUCAUUAUAUUUUUCAAAAAAUAUGAGUAUAUUAAAAUGGAUAUUUUUGAGAUCGAUUCGAUCUUGAACUCGUUAAUACUUUAAUUAACACUUAGUUUUACUUUGUAAAUAAUUUAGAAUAUUAUUAAUGAUAUAAUUUUAGAGUGUAAUGAGUUAUUGAUUUGGAUUGCAAAAAAUGAUCGUUUAAGUUUUAGUAAAAUGUACUGAUUAUUUUUAGUAAUUACAAGUGUAUAUUUUAUACAGUCUAGCUACCACCAUGGGCAUACCCUCAUCUAUGGUUAAAUGACUAUUCUUAUAUCUAUAAUGGCCUACAAAAUAUGAUUAUGACUAUUUUUUACCUGUGGUUAAAUUAAAGAUUUGAUUCGUUGGAUUCAAAGACAAUUCAUGAUUGUAAAAUGUAAUAGGUGCCAAAAAUAUUGUUUCAAGACAUGAAACAAUAUAAUGUAGCAACUACAACUACAUAAUGUAGUUGUAAUAAAACAUAAAAUGUUCAAGUUACAACAGAAACAUGCUGUACUGCUUUUUUCAUCAUGAGGGGAAUGGAUCUUAUUUAGGGAAUUUGUACAAGUUUGAUAUCCUCCUACAGUGUCCCGAGUACUGAAGUCCAAUUUUCAUGGCAUCGUUAUUUGAUAGUCCUUUUGUGGCUCUUAAGAUUCCAAAAAAUCCCACCUCUAUCAAUCCGAAUUUUCCGUAGGCCAGGACACAUUUGGGUAACCUUGGUUACCCGUGUGUAACCCUACUUUAGGUUCCAGUGUUAUGCCCUCUUGGAGUUCAGGGAUGGUGGUUAAACUUGCCGGUUGACGUCUUGUAGGAGUUUUAACUGAAUUUUGCUUCUUUGCAUGUUCUGUCUUGGAUGAGUCUGAGUCAGGGGAUAAAUAAGAGUUGGUCACCGUGAAUAGGUACUUUCCUUUUGAUUUUUUGGGCUCAACCUUGACCUUACCCGGAAUAUUUGUGAACAGCGAAACCUCAUCUAAAAGAUCUCAUCAUUUCCAGAACAUGGGUAAUAUCGUCCUGCCGUUUCGGAAAUGAAAGAUCAAUAUUUGAAGAUCUAUUGCCUGGUCCUGGAGAUGAGGACUUGGAUAGAUCUUGUCCUGCGGUAGCUGCUACAGUCCCGGUUUGCAAAACCUCCUCUGUCUUACCUUCUGCAAGAUAAGAUGCCUCAUCCUGAUAACAUGUAUUGUAAUCUUCGUCAAAUUCAGGUGUCCCAUUAUCUUCAUUUGGGCGGUAGCAAGACUCUUCCGCUGCACGAUCAUUCCGCACAAUGCAGUCCCAAGGAUCACUAUCUGUCCGAGGUAUGUGCCUACAUAUCAGCCUUGAUGAGCGACCUGGUUCAGGAGAUUCUAGUUGUCUGUUUUCAUACUCCAUGUCCCUAUCAUAUUCAGGAAAUCUAACAUUCCAGUUCUCCAUCUGAGCCUCUUCCAUCGCUUUUUUAGGUUCAGUUUUCCAUGAUCAGUUUUUUUUUCAUCUUUUUUCUUACAGUAUGUUUCUGUUUUUUUUUUACAGUAGAUAUGCAUUUAUAAUGUUCUAAGAAGUCUGUCUAAGUGUAUUUUUCUAUCUUAUGAAUGUUUUGAAAAAAAAAACCCGACCUUCAUAAAUGUUAAUACUGGCAUAAGUUUAUGCAAACAUUUUAUUUAUGGAUUAUUAUAAAAACAACGCUUUCUUUUGGUAUUUGUCACAUUUAUAACUUAAAUAUAUUUGUACAUAUUCAUAAAAUAUUGUCAAAAGCGUUCCUCUUCACUCUGUAUGUACCUGUACUUACCCUAUACCUACUUGUUGUAUGUUGGAAUAUACAAUGUAAUUUAAUAUAGUCAAUUGUCUAAAUCUUUGUAAAUGGAGGCGUGUCAUUUAUAAUACAAAACCGAAAUUUUAUAGGUUUGAUGAGAUCAAUAUAUUGAUAUUAAACUCUGCACGUCUUUUGAAUCUGUGUAAAGGCUGAAAACUACUUUGUUUAGGAGACGUGUUUCAAGUUUUGAUACAUUUCGGAUAUAUCGCACAUGAAAACCAAUACUGUAACAUCACAUAAAAAUGUUUUAUUUACCAACUAGUAAAGUAAGUACCUGUUUUAGUGUAACAUAGAAAUAAUUACACGCUUACAACACUAUAAACUCUACUAAAUUAUGAACUCUCAUACUUUUGAAUAGCUUUUGGAUGAAAGCGACAAUUCUAGGUCUUUUAGGUUGUUACAUUAUUGGAUUUUAUCUGCGACGCAAAUGAACCCAGCAACAUCUAUUCCAUAUUGAAGGUGGAACUACAUCUGGCCGCAACGCAUCGCACUUUUUUAUAUUUCUAUCCUUUUCUGUCACUCAGAGCGAGAUAGAGACCGGGUCACUCAGAGCGAGUCGCAUUAUCUCGCUCUAGCAAAUGAAGGCUCAGAGUGACAGAAAAGUACAGAAGCAUAGGAAAGUGCGAUGUGAUGCAGCCAGAUGUAGUUUAACUAUUUGUUUUAAUACACACUGCCCCGUUUGCCGUAUUAUAAACGAUUUGCCUGCAAAAAUACUACAUGAACUAUCCAUAGAUGAGGUUUACUUUUGUCAACUAUGUGGUUUGAUAAAUAAAGUGACUUAAUGAUUA